AUGACCUCUUCGUCAAUACCUUCUGUCCACUGUCGUCGGCUUACUUUCCGUUUACCUCCGAAAUUCGCUCAGCGUUUGAAGCGCAUCGCGAAUAAGCAGCCAAGCACCCUGGGACGGUUGGGCGUAGCAAAGGUCAAAGUUGGAGAUGACGAAACGGUUUCCGUCAAUGACGUACCUCCUGUGCAACCGAUGAAGUUGGAGGAGAGGCGGCCCGAACAACCUAUAGAAAGAGUAGAAUCUCGGCAAGCCGUACCUCCUCCACCUCAACCACUCCAUCCUCCACCAGGAAGUGCAGGUCCGGUGUGUCAGCCCCCACCUGGAUACCACGCCGUCGCGCAGCAUCAACAGGAAGUUGGCCCUUCUGUUGCUCCACACCCAAUGCAAAGACCUGCGCCAAUCAACAACAACAGUCCUUUGCUGGUUAACUUGUUAAGUUCACAACAACCACCGGGUAUGGUUGGUGGGCCACCGCCGAGUGUUGCGCCACAUCAUCAGGCAUACUCUCCUGCUGGGACAUAUAUGUACCCUGGAGGAGCUGCACCACAUCAGCAUCCUCAUCCUUCCGCUGUUCCGCCGAAUGCUGCUCCGCCCGUUAUGGAUCCACAACAGCACUUGGCAAUGCAGCAGCAG